CAUGACAACUUAGCCUUACAUUGUCUGCUCUAGUAGCCUUCCUAUUUCACUGUCUUUGCCCACACAUUUUGGUUUCAGACCUUAGAAAUGGCCCAAGAACAACCAAAUUGGUGGCCUGGAGAAGCCCAUGAGAAAUUUACAAAAUGGGCUAUCUCUCAGGGUGUUGAGGCGAGUGGGGUUUCUCCAGCAAGAUUCCAUGGCCGUGGUCUAGGCAUGAUAGCAACGAGGGGCAUCGAAAAAGGGGAGCUAAUUCUGUCGGUCCCUCUUCAAGUGAUGUUGACGACUGAUUCCAUCCCUUUAUCCUUUGCUACCCGGUUUGCAGACGAUAUCUCUGUCCACGGGCUUCUUGCUGCGUUUCUCACACACGGUGAACCUAAAGAUCUCGAGAAAUAUGACUUAUGGAGGCUAUCUUGGCCCAUGCACCAAGAAUUUAAGGACAGUAUGCCCAUUUUGUGGCCACAAUCCCUGCGGACAUCGAAUACGAAAAAUAACGAUAUAUCGUCUCCAACCAUCUGUUUGCCACCUUCAAUAUCAGGACUGUGGAAUUCUUUUCAAAAUGGAGCCCAGUUUCAGUAUGAGUACGACCGUGAUCACCAGGACCUUCUCCCUAAGCAGGAAAAAAGGCUGCUCGAUGCUUGGGAUCGUGUACUGGCAGUGUUUCCCGACACAGAUUGGGACACGUAUUCUUACUAUUGGCUCAUCGUCAACACGAGAAGCUUCUACUAUCUGAUGCCUGGCAUUCAGCCGCCAGAAGACCGCAAUGACGCGAUGGCCUUGGUGCCGUUUGCGGAUUACUUCAACCAUUCCGAUGUAGCUGUAAGUGAGCCUGUCUCAUGUCAUCUUUGGAAGGAAUGCUUCUGGUCUUUUCGAAUAUCUUUUGACAUUUUACGCUACAUAAAGUGUGACGUGAACUUUGACGGGACAAGAUACACAUUUCGGGCAACCAAAUCCUACGACAAGGGAGAAGAAAUCUACAUGAGUUACGGUCCUCAUUCAAAUGAUUUUCUUUUUACCGAAUAUGGAUUCUUCCUCGACGAAAAUGAUUAUGAAUCCUUAUAUCUUGAUGACAUCGUAUUCCGAGACCUAAACGCGUCCCAAAAAGAAGAACUCAAUCUACAGCAAUAUUACGGUAACUACCAGCUCACUGCGUCUGGCGCCUGCUACCGGACCGAAAUCGCUGCCUGUAUAAAAUACAUGACUCGCCGGAACUGGCGAAACUAUGUCCUCGGCCAUUCGACCAAGGGCGUGGACGCUCGAAAAACAGAGUCUGUUAUUCGCGGUUGGGUAAAGACUUAUUCAAACGAGGCGAAGACAACCAUUACUGCGCUGGAAGCUCUGCGAUCCAACGAAGAGAAUGUACCGUUCUCCAGUAAUAUCGAUAUGCUUUUGAAAAGAUGGAAGCAGAUAGAAUGGCUAUGCAACAACACUGCUGAGGCCAUCUCUUAAGAGACAAAUCAGUAGCCGGCAACUCUAUUAUAUAUAUCCUAAAAAU